AUGGCGGCCCGCGGCAACUCCUUACGGGACCGCCAGAUAGCCUCACUACGCAAGAUAUUCAACCUCAACAAUGAAGUCGAACCGAGCGAUAACGAGGAGUCCCUGGCCAGCGGCGCGCUAAACCCUUCGUCCCCCAUUCUCAACGCUGAUGGCGAGCCCAUCUGGAAGGUGCUGGUCUUUGAUGACCUGGGUCGUGAUGUCAUCAGCAGUGUCCUGAGAGUUAGUGACCUGCGGUCAAUGGGAGUUACCAUGCACAUGCACAUUUCAGCAUCAAGACACCCCAUACCGGACGUUCCAGUCAUGUAUCUUCUUGAACCGCACCCAAAGAACCUCGAGGCCAUAACCAACGACCUCCAAAAGGGUCUCUACUCACCGGCCUACAUCAACUUCCUGUCGUCGAUACCCCGACCUCUGCUGGAAGACUUUGCGACACAAACAGCCACUGCGGGAACCUCGGAACACAUCGCGCAACUCUUUGACCAGUAUCUGAACUUUGUUGUUGCGGAGCCAGACCUGUUCAGCUUGGGAAUGCAAAAAGAACACACCUACUGGGCUUUGAACAGCGCCAAGACAAACGACGAAGAACUGGAUAAUGUGGUCGACCGAAUCGUCAGCGGUUUAUUCAGCGUUAUAGUAACCAUGGGUACGAUUCCUAUCAUCAGAUGCCCUAAAUCGGCAGCCGCCGAGAUGAUAUCUGCCAAACUAGAUCGCAAGCUUCGUGAUCACAUUAUCAACUCCAAGGACAACCUCUUUUCCGCCUCAAAUCGCUCAGGCUCAUCUUCGGCAACACCUGGUCCAAGACCAGUUCUGAUCAUCCUGGACCGCAACGUGGAUCUUACCCCCAUGCUCUCACACUCCUGGACCUACCAGUCUUUAGUACACGACGUCCUCAACAUGAAGUUAAACCGUAUCACAAUCGAAACGCCUGUGGAUGAGAGCAAUCCUACAAAGGGCGUGACGCGCAAGUCAUAUGACCUUAACGCAAACGAUUUUUUCUGGGAGAGGAACGCGGGCGCGCCCUUUCCCCAGGUUGCCGAGGAUAUUGAUGCUGAAUUGACCAAGUACAAGGAGGAAGCUGCCGCAAUAACCAAAAAGACGGGCGUGACAGACCUUGAGGAUCUGCAGAACGAUACCAGUGCAAGUGCGCAGCAUCUCAAAGCUGCGAUUACACUCCUCCCCGAACUGCGAGAGCGAAAGGCUACUUUAGAUAUGCACAUGAACAUCCUCGCCGCGCUGUUAACUGGGAUCAAGAACAGGCAGCUGGAUAACUAUUUCCAAAUCGAGGAGACUGUCACAAAGCAGACUAAAGCUCAGAUCCUGGAAACGAUCAAGGACGAUAACAAGGGCAACAACCCGGUGGAUAAGCUGCGGCUGUUCAUCAUUUGGUUUCUGAGUGCGGAGCAGGACCUGAGCAGACAGGAAUGGCAGCAAUUUGAGGAAGCGCUGGUAGCUACUGGUGUGGAUGUUACUUGCCUACCAUACAUACGACAGGUCCGGGCAACAACUAAAAUGACACAAUUAACAACUAUAAACUCCUCGGGUGCCCAACCCCAACAAUCUUCGGACCUCUUCGGACGCUUUUCCAACAUCGGAUCCAACAUUGGGUCUCGCCUUCGUGACCAACUCAAAGAGUCAGGUGUGCCCACCAAUGCUAUUAGCGCAAACUUCGACUCCAUCAUUGGUGGCAUAAAGACAUUCCUACCUGCGAACCGUGACCUCACGGUUACAAAGAUUGUCGAGUCAAUCAUGGAUCCUUCGGCCGCAUCGUCCUCGGCUAUUGCAAAGACAGAACAUUAUCUCUACUUCGAUCCACGUUCCGCUAAUGCUCGCGGAACGGUACCGCCACCGUCGGCCGUUCGGUCCGGAACCGCGCCCAGUUCCACCCCCGGUGGACUUCCGGGUGCUGGCGGUCCCGGGGCCGCGGCGAGUUUCGGCCAGAGGCGACAGGGCUUCACCGAAGCAAUAGUGUUCACUGUCGGUGGCGGGAGUAUGGAUGAGUACGGGAACUUGCAGGAGUGGGUUGCUCGCACUAGUGGAAGCGGUGAUCGGGUGCGGAGAAGAGUGGUCUACGGAAGUACAGAAAUGGUCAAUGCUACCGAAUUCAUUACGCAGGAGCUUGACAGACUGGGCAAGGAGGUUGCUUCUUAA